GCUGGGACAGGGGAGGUGGUGAGGACAAGAGAGAGAGUAAACACACACAUACAGAGCAUAAAGAAGAAGAGAGGGAACAGAAAAAGAGUGAAAGAGAGAUACCCAAGUGGAGUGGUGCGGCUGAGUGGAGAGGGGAAAAAAAGAAGGGUGAAAGAGCAAGUGGAAGAAUAGAUCUGCCAGCCAGCUACGCUGUUUGAAGAACAUAAGCAAGCUGAAACCACUUAAAUACGGCUUUAAAUAUUGGAUGGAUAUAAUAGAUGAGGCACCAGCAUGUCUAAUGGCAUUCUCAGAGUGGUUAUGAUGAUGAAGUUUUCCAUCUAGGUGGAGGUCGGCCUGCGGUAAUGAUGAUGAUGAGCUCCCACUUUCACUGGCUGCUGGUGAUCCUGCUGCUGACUGAUUCCACCGUGGGCCACACCCUCUCUGGCCCUCACCCUCCCAGCCUGAGGCUCGCAGCGGCCCCGGCUCCAGGCCACUCGUCUCAGGAUGCACGAUCAGUCCUGUCCGCCCUCGCCAUCUCAGUGGAUGGCCACGUGCGUCUGCGUGGCAAUGUAAGCUGCUCGUCUCUGCGGCGUUUGCCACGUGGGGACAGUCCACUCACACAGGAGCUGCUAGGCCUGGCUGAGCUGCCACUGCUGCUGUCUGCAGGCUGCCAGGAGGAGGCGCUAGCGCUAACACACGGCCUCUACAGAGUGCUGGGCCGCAAGGACACACACGCCCUCAUCAGACAACUCACGCAGCUGCUGAAGAACAGCCCAGCUCUGCCCACAGUCAAUAACUUUAACGCUCCACUCAACGACUCAGUUUCCCCCGACAACAAUUCAGCAUCUCCACGUGACAACUCUGAGCCAUCACUAGAUACUUACUCAUUUAAUCAAAAUGGCUCCAGUGCAGCGCAUGAAAACACUGAUCUCCACGACAACACUGAUGCCCAGCAUCUUGGCUCAAAUUCCCAGUCAAACACAGGCGACGACAGGGUUCAGGCAGAGUGCCAUCUGAAUGCCCUGGUGUUUAAUAUACAGCAGCUGGCCAAGGUGGGCACUGCAGAGGGGUUCUCCGCUGCGGCAGACGGAGAUUUGGAUAGCUGUGCUGGGUGGUUACGCAUGCAAGGCGCUCAACUAGUGGGCCAGAAAGUGGGAAAAAGGGGGCCUCUGCACAAGGCUCAGCACCUAUGCCAGCGCCUGGGGCCCAAGUGCAUUGGUGUGGCCCAGUCUGGAGACCCUGCAGAUGGGCAGUACCAGGCUUUGCUUAGGGCAGGCAGCCGGGUCCUCCCGGCUCAUGCAGACCCUGGGGCGGAGUGCUGGCUCAGGCAGUGUGUGCCAGGGGUUGGGCUCGGACUGGCGCGCGUGCGUCGGAGUGCCAUGGUGGCACAGCAGCGGUGUGUGAGUCAGCAGGAGCAGCAGGUGUAUGCGGUGGUGGAGUGGGUGCCAGCCGUCUCCACCCUCUACAACCUGGGCACUGCCGUCUACUAUGCAGCACGCAACUGCACAGACACCGCCCGCGAGAGGGCCAUCCUGAGUGCCGUGGACCUGGGCACUGAUGCCCUGAUGGCCAUCACCGGAGGGACAGUGGGAGUGGCCGGGUAUGCCCUGGGUGCAGGCGUGAAGACUGGGGUCAAGGCCAGUGUGAAGUAUUUGAUGAACAAGAUGGGUCAAGGUCAAGGUCAAGUUCAAGGUCAAGAUGUGCUGGUCAAUCAGGAGAGCUGGGAGGAUGGAACCUUCACUAUCCAGUAAAACAUAUUGUAUACAUAUGUUGUGUGUAUGUAAUGUACGAUAUGUGUGCAAUAUUAACAUGAAAAAAAUUUCAAACAUAUUGCACAUACAUUUGAAAAUAUGACAUGACAAAUAUUACAAAUAAACUGCUUUUUGAUCAUGUUUAAAUAUAUUAUUUACAGACAAAGAAUACUAUUACCCUUUUGCCUAUAGGUUGGCAAUAUAUGAAUCUUAAUGUUUGUUUUUUUAAGGAUGUGUUUUGUUUCUUUUGUCCCCUGUUUUAUAUCAAGUGAGUGAGCAGCAGAAAUAGGGACUGAACGGUCCCUGAUUAUUGCAACUGGGAACCUGUGCUUCCCUGCAUGUUCUCUGCAUGUUUAUCUGUCUGCUGACAUACAAAAUGUUAUUUUGCUUGUGGGUUGCAUUCUUUUUUUCUUUGCCUGUUACAUUCAUAAAAGAGUAUAAUGAUCGUUUAUUAGCACUGAGAUAUAGUCAUACAUUAUAGGAAGAACAACUUUAUGUACAUGCAUUUGCAGUUUAUGUGCAUGGCAGUGACUGUCCUGUAUGAAGUUCUUCACCAAAGGGUCUGGCGUGCAGAGGUCUUGUCAUGAACUGAGUUUUGUAUGUCUAAUUCAUGUGAUUGUGAAUCUUAAUAAAACGAAAGCUUUCUAGUCA